GCCGCUUCCCGCCGGGCCCGAGCGGAGCGGCCCGGCCAUGGCGGCCCCGCGGCCCGACCCCGAGCUGGCCCGGCAACUUUUCUUCGAGGGAGCGGCCGUGGUGGUGCUGGACGUGCCCGAGGGCACCGAGUUCGGCAUCGACUACAGCGCGUGGGCCGUGGGGCCGCGGUUCCGCGGGGUGAAGAUGGUGCCGCCGGGGCUGCACUUCGUGCACUGCAGCGCUGCCGGCGCCGGGCGGGACUCGGGGCCGCGCUCCGGCCGCUUCCUCAGCCUGCGGCGCCGCGAGGUGCGGCUGCUGCGCUGGGACCCCGCGGCCGAGGCCGUGCGGCCCGAGCCCCCCGAGCAGGGCGAGGCGCUGCGGGACAGCCUGCGGGAGCUGGAUCCCUUCCUGGGGCCCUACCCCUACGAGACGCUGAAGAAGUGGGUGUCGCUGAGCAACUUCAUCAGCGAGGCGGCGGCCGAGGAGCUGCAGCCCGAGAGCGGCCAGAUCUGCGCCUUCGCCGAGGUGCUGCCCGAGGCGGCGGGGCGGCACACGCGGGACCGAGCCGGGCAGCGCCGGCCCCCGCUGGGCUCCGAGUGCCGCAGCUACGCCGAGGGCCUGGCCCGGCUGCCCCGCAUGCGGCCGCGGGCCGGCACCCAGAUCCGCUUCUCCGAGCUGCCCCGGCAGGCCUUCCCCGCCGGGGCCACCCCCGAGGAGAUCACCCGGCACAGCCUGGACCUGAGCUACGCCCUGCAGCGGGUGAUGGAACAGCGCUACCCCGGCCGGCCGCUGGGCCUGCUCGCUGAGCUGCAGUUUGCCUUCAUCUGCUUCCUGAUUGGGAACGUGUACGAUGCCUUUGAGCACUGGAAAAGACUCCUGAACAUCCUGUGCCGCUCAGAGGAGGCGAUAGGGAAGUAUCAAGACCUUUACAUCAACCUCAUUUCCGUGCUGUAUCACCAGCUCAACGAAAUCCCAGCAGAUUUUUUUGUGGACAUUGUCUCCCAGGACAACUUUUUAACCAGCACCUUACAGGUGCUGUUCUCCUGCACAUGCAGCUCUGCUGUGGAUGAGACUCUGAGGAAAAAGGCUGAGAAGUUCAAGGCUCACCUGACAAAGAAAUUCAAGUGGGACUUUGAGGCAGAGCCUGAUGACUGUGCUCCUGUGGUGGUUGAGCUGCCUGAGGGUGUGCAGGUGGACUGAGCUAAAGGCCCCCUUAGGAGCAAACAGCUUCUAAAAUGACCCUUUCCUUCUCCUUUCCAACCCUGCCAGCUUCUUAAAGGCUGUUUCUAAAGCUGAUCCUCUUCCUGCUGGAGAAGCAGAUGUGGGGACCCCAGGAAGAUGCUGAGCUCUGUGACCAGAGGUGUUGGAGGAGUUUGAGUGCUGCCACGUGGCUGCUUUGGACACCCUGGGGUUUUCCCAGCCCUGCUGCAGCAUCUCCUCCUAGAACACAAACAACAUACACAAAGUCCCAGAAUCAUUAAAGGUGCAAAAGACAUUUUGAUACCAUGGAGUUCAACCCUAAAUCUAUCACUGCCACCAUCCUCCUGCACUCAGCUGUCUUCUGCAUCCCUGCUCCCCUCUCCUCCUGGAGCUGAUGCCCUCCUUGGAGAGCACCUGUGGUUCAGGGCUGUAAUCCCACAGUGAUUUUAGCAGCCCAGACCCAGGCUGUGAACUGAAGUUCAGCUCUUCCUGGGCUCGUGUUGCACUGCUGUGUCAGGUGCUCACAGUGCUCACUGUCCUUUACCUGCUGGGGAGGUGGCUCAAAGCCACAGCAAAAUUCCUGCCUCUUCCUCCACCCAAUACCUCAGAGCCUCAUUCCUGUUCCUCCCAUUCUGCUGAAUGGUUUUGUAUUUACUGCUGACACUUGUGCCUGGGGUAAAAGAAAGUGAACACUUUGGUGACAGGCUGGACUGUGGUCACCCAGCUGUUAAAGAACAGAGCCAGCAUGAGAUCAAGGAUCAGAUUUCCACAUGAGCUGGAUCCUCUGUUUUGUUAUAAUUGGAAAUCCUAUGUUUUUGCUCAAAAACAGUGACUGAAAAGUAACAGUUUGUAAUGGUCAGGUUCUCAUGAUGAACUGCACAUUUUGCAGCUGACAAAAGAGAAUAUAAUUGUACUUCCAU